AUGGAGCUCUUCUCGGACAGCAGCAGCGACGCCGGCUCGUCGACGCGUGCCAAGGUCGACAUCCGCACCGACCCUUCCGAGUCGCUCAACCAGCUCUCGUUCAACAAGGAGUUCGCCGAGCGCUACCUGCACAACAAGCAGCGCGACGAGCUCCAGCAGCUCGAGGAAAAGUACGGCAAGGACGCGCCCUCGGACCUCGACGACGACGACGAAGAAGAAUCGAGCAGCGACGACGAGACCGAGGACGAGGACGGCGAGCAGCUCACCGCACAGAUCGACGCAGCCGUCUUCCGCACGCUGCAAAAGAUCCGCAACAAGGAUGCCAGCCUCUACGACCCGAGCGUAGACGUCUUUGCCCAGGAGGAAAAGGCGGCAAGGGAGGCGGCAGAGGCCAAGGGCAUCGCCGCCCCCGCCAAGGCCGCCGGUGCCAAGAAGGAAAAGAAGCUCACCCUCCAGGACUACCAGAGGCAGCGCGUGCAGGAGCUCAUCCAGACCUCGGCCGACCCCGCGAAAGCCAUCGCAGAGGCCACCAUGGCUCCCAAGACCGAGUACCUCGACGGCGACGGUGACGAGCGCGGCGCCCUGCUCGCGCCAGCCCAGGAGCAGGAGGAGCUGCGGAGGCAGGUCUCCAAGGCGUUCCACGAGGGCGUCGGAGGCGGCGACGGCGACGACGAUGACGAUGACCUGUUCACCAAGCGCACCGACGACGCGGCCGGCUCCAACUCGUACCGCGACAGUGUCCUCGCUGCUCUCGGCGACGGCGCAGACGAGAGCACGCUGCGCUCCGCCCUCGGCGACCUCGACGAGGAGUUCGGCUACCGCACCGAUAGCAAAGUACGCAGCACUGGCGAAAGCAGCAGCAGCACACGCGAAGCUGCCGACGAUAAGGCGGCGUCGGCGUCGGCCAAGUCUGACAAGAAGGACAAGAAGCGCAAGGCCAAGGGCAUGACGGAGCAGGAGAAGCUCGAGCAGUCCAAGGAGGACUUUCUGCUCGACUACAUCCUCAACCAGGGAUGGAUCGACAAGACCGACGCCGAGGUGCCCAUCAAGCCCAAGGUCGACCUGUCGCUGCUGCGCAAGCGGCAGGCCGAGGCGGCGGCCGCAGCCGCAGGCACCGUCAAGGACGAGAACGAGGACGGCGACCGGGCGUACGGCCGAGACUGGGAAGCCGAGGCGGCCGAGCUCGAGUCCGAGGCCAGCUUCGACUCCAAGGCCGAGGCCUUUGAGACGGCGUACAACUUCCGGUUCGAGCAGGGCGACGAGGCGUUCGUGAUCCCCUCGUACGCGCGCAACCCCAAGGACUCGGUGCGCCGCGAGGACUCGAGCCGCAAGCGAAAGCGCGAGGAGCGCCUGUCGCGCAAGGAAGAGGAAAAGAAGCAGCGGAUGCAGGAGCUGGCGCGCCUCAAGAACCUCAAGCGCAUCGAGAUUGUCGACAAGCUCAAGAAGCUCAAGGAGGUGACCGGAUCCAACGUCGAGGGCCUCGACAAGAUCGACCUCGAGCGCGACUUUGACCCAGAGGAGCACGACCGCGCGAUGCAGGGCGCCUUUGAUGACCAGUACUACGGCGAGCAGGACGACGAUUUUGACCCGGACAUGGAAAAGCCGACGUGGGACGACGACAUCGACAUCGACGACAUCCUCGCCGAGGAAGAAGCCGAGGUGGCUGCAGCGGCCGGGCCGGGCAAGAAGGGCGGCAAGAAGGCCAAGAAGGCCGCUGGCGGCGGCGGCCAAGACGAUGACGAGCGGAUCGAGAUGGACGCCGACUUCCUCGACGGCGAGGGCGAGGGCGACGACGAUGGAGCCGGAGGCCUGGCGGGUCUCGGCGGCAUCGAGGGGAUCCGGGCGCAGCUUGCGAGCCAGAAGCUGUCCAAGAAGGACCGCAAGAAGCUAAAGAAGAAGCUCAAGGCCGCCGAGGACAAGGCGGCCAAGCGGGCGGCCAACGGCAGUGGCGGUGCCGAGGAUGGCUUCGACGGCGUCGACGUCGACGAGAUGGACGCGGAUGCGGUGUCCGCCAAGCAGGCGCAGGCGCAGGCGUCGGCGUCCACGUCGACGGCGCCGCUGACCGAGGCCGAGCGCAAGGCCAAGGCCAAGGAGAUGAUGGACGAGCUGUACCAGCUCGACUACGAGGACGUCAUUGGCGACCUGCCGACGCGGUUCAAGUACACGCAGGUUCCCCGAUCCGACUUUGGCCUUUCUCCCGUCGAGAUUCUGCUGGCCGACGAUGCGCAGCUCAACAACGUCGUCGGGCUCAAGGCGCUGCAGCCGUACCGCAAGGGCAAGGCGCGGCCGAUUGACCUCGGGCGGAGGCUGCACAACUUCCGCAACGAGCUCAAGGGGCGCGACGGCGCGUCCAAGGCCGGCGGCAAGAAGGGCAAGGCCGGCGGCGGGGAUGCGCAGGGCGACGAGGGCGACGGCCAGGGGGCGGAGGCGGCCAAGCGGAUGGGCAAAAAGGAGCGGCAGAGGAGAAAGAGGCAGGCCGAAGAGGCGGCGGCGGCGGCGGCGGCGGCGGGAGCAGGAGCGGCCGAGUCGGGAGGGCAGGGUGGUGACGGCGGUGAUGGCGAGCAAGGGAUUGAACGAGCGAGGAAAAAGGCCAAGAAGGCAUGA